AUGGCCAGUACUGCUUCUUUGGCUGCUGCGCGGCCAUUUUCGCGGGCGCUGAACACCACCCAUUUUUUCACCUUUGGCAAUUCGUAUACCCAGACCGGAUUCAACGCCUGGGGCGAGCAGCCCACGCCCUCCAACCCGAUGGGAAACCCUCAACUAGGGACUGGCACGACGGCCGGUGGAACCAACUAUGUGGGAUACCUGACGACUGCCGAGAACUCGUCGCUGGUGCUCUCUUACAACUUGGCAGUCGGUGGAGCCACUAUCGACAACGACCUUGUUUCAUCUUACGCCGACGAUCUUGUCUCCCAGGUCGGCGUGUUUGAGGACCAGUAUGGUGACAAGCCGGACUCGGCGCCCUGGACGGCCGAGAGUGCGGUGUUUUCCUUCUGGAUUGGUAUUAAUGAUAUUGGCAACUCGUUCUACAACCAGGAGGCCAGCACCUUCACUCCUAAACUGACCGCCCGCAUCGGGUCUCUCGUACAGAAGAUCUACGACCUGGGUGGUCGCAAGUUCCUCUUCUUGAAUGUGCCUCCGACAGGUCGCAGCCCUUUCUUUCUUGAACAGGGCAAUGAGACUGUCCAGCAGCACGCGGCGUACCUGGCCGUGUACAACAAGAACCUGAAGGCCAUGGUGGACGGGUUCAAGGCGAACCACACGGACGUUACCACUGUCCUUUAUGAUUCCUGGUCGUUCAUGACCAAGGUCAUUGAUAGUCCCUCGGAGUACGGAUUCCCCGAUGCGACUUGCAUCAACGAGGAUGGCACGUCCUGUCUCUGGUGGAAUAACUACCACCCUUCGGCUAAGUAUCAUAAGCAGCAGGCGGCGGAUAUGAAGGCUGCGUUGAAGCCGUUGGGCGCGUGGUGAGGUCUGGGUAGUAUAUAGUUCUUAAGUGUAAGGUGGUUACGGUAUAUAGCAAGCAUAGUACAUGGUAGUUUUUCUGCAAUUCAUGAAUU